UAUAAUUAUGAACACAUGCUCCAGCAGAAGCUGCAAACCCUCGCCGGACCAGUGCUGGAUCUCCCUCCCCUAGACAUGGCAGAGGUUAAAUUCACAGGCCGUGGCAGGCUCUAUGUUGGCAAUCUGACCAACGACGUUACAGAGGAAGAAAUUAUCGAAAUGUUCAAACCCUAUGGAGAAACCAGCAAACAUUUCAUCAACAAGGAGAAUUCAUUCAUUUGGAUUCAUCCGCAUGGACUACAGAGUCAAUGCUGAGAAGGCAAAGCGUGAAUUGGAUGGCAGCAUUCGUAAAGGAAGGCC